AUGACGUACGAGUCGCAAAUCUCCUUCACCUUGGAUACCAUUUGUCCUUGGACGUUUCUGGCGAAGAAGAGACUAGAUGAAGCCCUUCGUCGAUUCCGUCACAGCGAGGACUCCAAAAGUACCACCUUUGUGGUCAAGUACUUCCCAUACCAACUCUUCCCCGAGACUUCCAACGAAGGGCUAGACAAGUAUGAGUGGUAUAAGAAGUCGACUUAUGGAGACUCGGAGGAGAAGAUGAAGAUGUACAUCACAUUGAUGACGGCGUACGGUAAGACCGCAGGCAUCGACUUCAAGUUCGGAGGCACGGUUGCCAACACGCUCGAUGCGCACCGGGUCAUACAACAUUUUCAGGGAGCAAUGGGACUGGAAACCGCGGACAAGAUCAUCAACUCACUGUACUCGCAGUAUUUUGAGCAGGAGCAGCAUCCCUCCAAGGACGCAACAUUGCUCAGGGCAACCAGAGAUGCUGGCAUCCCGGAAGAUGAGGCGAGGCCCGUCAUUGAAGACAAAAAUGUAGGAUUAAUCGAUGUCAAGGCCUCAUCCGUGACCAGGCCGCCAAUGGAGUGGACAGCGUCCCUACUAUUCUCUUUGAAGGGAAGAAACGCGAUUUCACCCUCGUUGGAGCCAAGGACGUGGGAGAGUAUGAGAAGACUCUGCAUCAGAUUGCAAAGGAGAGCAAGUGA